AUGAGCCGCCUAGCGCAAGGGUUGCCAGCGCGAUCCAAGCAUACCGCCUCUCCUCUCUCCGAUAGCAAUUCCACGAUAGAGGAGUCCAAACCGAGAACCCAUGUCAACCUCCUGGAACAACCGAUCCUCGUGGAUUCGGAGAGCAAUGGAGAGGAUACACUGAACGAUACAAAUCCUAGGUUAUUGGACCUGCUGCGCGCACGGGUGCCUUGGGCGGCCGCGGAGGGUUUGCGUGCGACACGACGUCCGGCAAUCCUGGAAAGUAUGACGAAGGAGAGCACCGACUGA